AUGUCGAAGCCCGCCACGCGCAUCAGCGUGACUCCCCGCGGGCCUCGCGCACCUGUCAAGCGCCUGGCUACUACUAGGGCUCAGACUCCGACUCCUAUCAAGCGUCCCGCCUCAAUCAGCCGCCCUCAACCUCCACGGCCUACUACACACCCCAAGACUUCUAGUUGUCCCAAUCCAGGUUGUCCUGCUCCCCACAUUGUUGAAGAUGAAGGCCAGAAGGUUUGCUCUGGAUGUGGUACUGUCAUCAGUGAAUCCAAUAUUGUGUCUGAAGUCACCUUUGGUGAGAGCUCAUCUGGAGCUGCUGUCGUCCAGGGUACUUUCGUCGGGGAAGAUCAGACCCACGUUCGCAGCUUCGGACCCGGCUUCCAGCGAGGCGGCGCAAUGGAGAGCCGAGAGAUGACUGAAGCGAAUGGAAACCGCUAUAUCAGCCAGCUUGCUCGAGCUUUGACCAUCCCAGAGAGUGCUUCGAAGGCUGCUGGUCAGGUAUUCAAGCUCGCAGUCGGACUGAACUUCAUUCAGGGUCGCCGAACCAAAACCGUGGCUGCAGUCUGUCUCUACAUUGCUUGUCGUCGCCAGGACGGCAACACAGUCAUGCUGAUUGACUUUGCCGAUGUCUUGAUGAUCAACGUCUUCAAACUUGGUCGCACCUACAAAGCCCUUCUUGAUGAGCUCCGCCUGGGCGGCAACGUCUUUCUGAUGAACCCUAUCGAUCCCGAGAGUCUCAUCUAUCGAUUCUCGAAGCAACUAGAGUUCGGGCCAGCCACCAUGCAAGUCGCUGGUGAGGCUGUCCGUAUUGUGCAGCGAAUGAACCGUGACUGGAUGACAACUGGUCGACGACCGGCCGGUGUCUGCGGUGCGGCACUGAUUCUUGCUGCGCGAAUGAAUAAUUUCCGCCGAACCGUUCGUGAGGUUGUCUACGUCGUUAAGGUGACCGAAAUCACUAUCAGCCAGCGUCUGAAUGAGUUCAGCUCAACCGAAAGUGGAGAUUUGACUGUCGAUCAAUUCCGCUCCGUACAGCUUGAGAAUGCACACGAUCCUCCUUCCUUCACUCGCGCAAGGGAAGGCCGCAAGCCCAGCCACAUCAACAACAGGGCUGUGGAGACCGCCGCAGAACUUGAAUGGGACACUGAAAGCGAAUAUGGAUCAGUUCAACCUUCACGGAUUGAUGCAGACGGCUUUGCCAUUCCAAAUCUACCCAUCGACCCUGCCCUGACCGAGAAGACACGCCGGCGUUCUUCCAUUGCCAAGGCAGUGAACGAUGUUAUCGAGGACACAGAAAAUGACCAGGCCGAGUCUAAAGUUGCAUCAGAAGAUGCUCUUGAGGAUGAGAUGCGGACUAUGCUUGCCAAGGGCUCCAACAUGAUUGAGAGCAUGGUCGAACCCGAGCAGAAGAAGCAUAUCCCCGAUGAUGCCGAAAUUGCCGAAAGCGAGUUUGAAGACGAUCCCGAAGUCAAGCACUGCCUCUUGACGCCUGCUGAGGUUGAAUUCAAAGAGACCAUCUGGGUCUCCGAGAACAAGGAAUACCUCCGCACACAACAAGCCAAGGCCCUCAAGCGCGCGCUGGCUGAAGCAACUUCUGGUCCAUCUUCAUACAAGCCUCGCAAGCGCCGCAAGGGCCGGAUGGGUGAUGUCUCCUACCUCGAUGGCGAGGGCGAGGGCGAAGAUGGCCGCAGCUCUCGUGCAGCGACCCCUGCUGAGGCGACCCGACGGAUGCUCGAGCGACGUGGCUUCAGUAAGAAAAUCAAUUACAAUGCUCUUAAUGACCUCUUCGAUGGGAAGAAGACAGACGAAAACCCCAAGGCCGAGAGCCUGAGCCGAAGCCAGAGUCGCAGCGUCAGUCUUGUCUCGCGCCGCAGCACCAGCCGGGCACCCGAGCCCGAAUCUCGCCGCUCGGUUCGUGCUACUUCAGUCAAGGCACGAUCUGGCCGCACUCAGACUGGUGCACCCCCGCCCACUCCACCGCCUACGCAGUCUCAGCCGGCCGAGGAAACCGCUGGCCCUGCUCUUAAGGGUGACCUUCCGGCUGGAGAGCAGCCCGAUCCGGAUGACCUGGAGGAUGAUGAGGACGAUGAGAUGGAAGAUGACCAUGUCGAUGAUGCAUUUGCUGGCAAUUACGGCGGAUAUGACGAGGACGAUUACUACGGAGGAGACAGUGACGAUGAUGGCUACUAA